GUGAUAUAUGGUUUAAUAUCUUUGUCCAAGAAAGACGAACUUAUUUUAAAUACAAUAUUAGAUAAUAAAAUAUUAGAGAAAUCAGUGAAUAUAACGUGCAAGAAAUGCAAAAGUGCCGUGUAAUUCGAGGUUAUGCAACUAAUAUUUUAACGUGUUACUGUUUUAUUUUUUAAGUUUAUGUAACACUUUUGUAACAGAAUGAUGAACAGACAGGGAAUUCAUUUACGUGGAAACCAAAAGGAAGGUUCUCCACAUUAUGUAUAUUUGGAUGAAGAAGACUGCGAUGAGAACAUUAUCCUACUAAAUAUCAAUCAAUCCUCAUCAAGGCUUCAUAAGAUUGAGGUGAUCAAUGUGGAAGUAAAACCUGGUGAUACUUUACAAGCAUUAGCGCUUCGUUAUAGUUGUACAAUAUCUGAAUUAAAGCAAAUUAAUAAAAUUGACAAAGAGAAUGAAAUACAUGCCAAGCCUUAUAUCAAGGUACCUGUACAGCCAUUUUCUGUUUUAACUGAAAAAAAGUGUGAUAAUGUUGUAUCAGCACAAAACAGUGAAGAAGAAUCUGUGAAACAAGAAUUAAACUUAAAUUCCACUUCAACUAAUAUACAAUCUUCAGGUAGUGAAAUUAAUUCAAUUAUAUUAAAUUCAGUAUGUACACCUUUAUUGCCACACAACAACAUUAAAAUUUCACAUACAGAAAACAAUAGUUUAGCUAGCAAUAGACAACGUACAGGAAUAAUGAGAGAUAUAUUCAAUUGUUCUGGAGAUGAUUGUGGAUUGUCUUGGAGGCAACUUUUCAUAUGUGCUUUCCUAGUAGUUUUUAUAAUACCUAUCAUAUAUAUAUACAUAUAUAUAACUAACAUAUUUGGACGUGCAUUGAAGAAAAAUGUAACUACAACUAACUGAUAUUUUUCUGCAAACAAUUAAGAUAGAAAACUAAAAGAGGAUAAAAAGGUAUUUUCUAAAGUAUUCAAAUGUAAUUGGACAUGCUAAAAUUGCAUUUGAGUUUUAAAUUGCACAGAUAUGAUUCUUUUUUUACAGUGUGUGUGUAUAUAUGU